CUGGCACAAUGACAAACGUCAGUGGCGUCAGUGUACAUUUGUUUUGAGGCUCGUAUUUUUGUAUGAAACUUUGUUAAUAAGUGUAUUUAUUGCGAUGUGUAUUCCCCAAGUCGGAAGGCAGUUUGUGACGUAGCGAGAGUGAGAAAUGAGUAAAUCCGACAACCGUGACUUCGACGAAAGGUACACGGCUUGCUUCGUCGAUUUUGGUUUGAAAACUGUAACAGGCCUCCUAAUAGGUAGCAUGAUGGGUGGUUUCUUCAUGAGGGGUUACCGGAAGUGGCCGAUGUACAUCGGCGGCGGACUCGGCUUCGGCAUGGCCUACACCAACUGCGAGAACAGCCUGAACAACUACCUCCUCUCGAUGGACCCUAAGAUCUGCGUUAUUAAGAAGCAACCCUGAAACUGUCGGCGUCAUUUGAAACAUCUGUAAUGUAAAAAUGUAAUUUAUUUUAAUAAAAUAUUUCAGUCAUUGUUCAAA